UAAACCCAACCAAACAACCCGCAAACAGAGCCGACCAGAGGAGGGUUUUGCUUGCCUUUGCCCCCGCCAUGGCCGCGGCCUCUCGGCCUCUCCUCGGGCCCCGCCGCCUCCACCUACACCUCCUCCUCCUCCGCUCCUCCAGGGUCCUCCCUAUCCCCCCCUCGUCCUGCUCCUCGUCGACCCAUGGGCUCCUGACGAGGCCCUCGGUGUGGCCGCCGCCGCCGCCGCCUUACCCCGGAGGAGGCGAGUGGCGGCGCGCGUUCCACGACGGGCGGCCGCGCGGCCCGCUGUGGCGGAGCAAGAAGCUGAUCGGGAAGGAGGCCCUGUUCGCGAUCCAGGGCCUGAAGCGGUUCAAGGGGGACGAGGAGAGGCUUGCGGAGUUCGUGAGGCGCCACGUGGCGCGGCUGCUCAAGGCCGACAAGCUCGCCGUGCUCGGGGAGCUGGAGCGCCAGGAGGAGGUCGAUCUGGCAGUCAAGAUGUUUAGGAUAAUACAAAAGGAGGACUGGUAUAAGCCAGAUGUCUUCAUGUACAAGGACUUGAUUGUUGCUCUAGCCAAGUGUAAGAAGAUGGAUGAAGCAAUGGUAAUCUGGGGGAACAUGAGAGAUGAGAACCUGUUCCCUGAUGCACAGACCUAUGCUGAAGUCAUAAGAGGAUUCCUGAGAUAUGGUUCCCCAUCAGAUGCAAUGAACAUUUAUGAGGAAAUGAAGAAGUCACCUGAUCCUCCUGAAGAAUUACCUUUCAGGGUAUUAUUGAAGGGUCUUUUACCACACCCACUUUUAAGGAACAGAGUGAAGCAAGAUUUUGAAGAGUUGUUCCCAGAAAGGCAUAUCUAUGAUCCCCCAGAAGAAAUAUUUGGCCUGCGCUGAUGUUUAAGAUCUGUUGAAAUUUAUUCAGAUCUGCUGGUUCCUCCACAGAUAUUUGAUUACCUGCAUAUCCAGAAUGCUCUCCAGAAUUUGAUGUUUGGAGUGGAAAUCUGUCAGGUGAAAGAUAUGUUAUGGACGGUCAUGCACUCAUGCUGAAGAGAGGUAAUACAUGUGUAUGGCACAGACAAAUAGAUCAUUCUGUUUGCUAUUGUCUAUGGUUAGAGAAAUUUAUAGACCGUUCUGUUAGCUGUAUUGUCUACGGUUAUAGAAAUUUUGUUGUUCAGGAAGUCUCUUAAGACAACGGGCCUUUUAUUCACAACUGCCACUUUGUUUAUCUGUAAUCCAGAAUAUUUUGAAAAGUAGCAUAAAAAAGCUUUUUCAUUGGGUCCUUGUUUCUUAUCUGAAAGGGAAAUGUGUAUGAUUAGGUUGUUAGAGUAGGACAUUGGCCACAUUCAUGCUAUUCCUUCCCUAACCACUUGAGCAACCUGCUCAUCAUGAGUAUGAGAUUCAUGCUAUCUUCUGUGUGUCAUGUAAGUUGUAAUCU